CAGCAUUAAUAAAGUCUAAAAAAAAGAACAAACACAUAGAUAAUGAUAUAAAUAGUUUAGGAAGGAUAGGGUAAGUAGUGUGCUUAAUAUUAGAAUAAUAAGAAAGAUAAGAAUUUGAAGUUGAUGAAAAUUAAUUUAGGAGAUGGGAAUAAGGUAUUAAUGAAAUAUUAAUAUAGUUGCUAAUCAAUAUAGAUAAGAGAUACUAGUAAAAACUUUCAAAUUAUGAUUAUUAGUUGUUGGAACAGCAAUUGUGGUAGACCAAUAUUGAUAAGGUAUUUUAGAAGGGUAAAGGAGUACCUAAGAAAUUGUAAUAAAAACUGAGGAAGAUGAAGAUGGGAAAAUCAAACAGGUAGUGUAGUAUUUGCUGUAAUAAUUUCUCUAAAGGUAAGAAUCUAUUAAUAUCUUAGAUGAAACGAUAAUACAACUACCCUGUAAACAUAUUUUCCAUUAAUCUUGCUUAUUUUCUUGGCUUGAUCAUAGUACGAAAUGUCCAAAUUGUCGAAGUGAUGUAUUGGAAGAUUUGAAGAGUGAAGAGAAAUGAUUUACAUUUCUAUGGACAAAAAGUUUAUAUUAAAAAAAAAAAUUCAUGAC